GUUAAAUUCAAGGCCAUCGAAAAUGAUUAGCAAUAUUUUGAAGAUAACCACAUGGUUAGUGUGCACGGUAUAGUUUCAAUGAAAUCGUCAAAUACGUAAGAGGAAACGUCACCUGUCUUAGAAAACCUUAAAUUGUAUGAUUUAUUUUUUACCUUUUUGUAUAGAAAAUUACAAACAUUCCUUUUAAGGUUAGAAAAUAUAUAUUUAUAAUUUAGUUGCUACUUAUAACGUGUCAUUUAAAUGUUUCGUAAAUUUAAUAUCGUGAGGUUAGUUGGUGCUGUGUGUUCAUCUACAGAAGCAGCUGUUACUCCAGGUGGUUUAUCCAGAGUGCAACAGUUUAGAGAAUUACUAGACAACACAAGUAACAAUGACAUUCUUACGGAUUCAUUUGGACGACAUCAUACCUACUUACGUAUUUCAAUUACUGAACGCUGUAAUCUACGGUGUUUAUACUGCAUGCCAGCAGAAGGAGUUAAAUUAACCAAAAAUGACGGUAUUCUGAAAACGGAAGAAAUAAUUAAAAUAGCAGAUUUAUUUGUUAAAGAAGGUGUAUGUAAAAUACGUUUGACUGGUGGUGAGCCAACUGUUAGAAAAGAUAUUGUUGAUAUCAUUGCUGGCUUGAAGCAGUUACCCAAAUUAAAACAAGUUGCAAUUACCACCAAUGGUUUAACAUUAACACGUCAGUUACCAGCACUUCAGCGUGCAGGAUUAGAUGCAAUAAAUAUAUCAUUAGAUACAUUGAAGGAAAAUCGAUUUGAGCAAUUCACUCGUAGAAAGGGUUGGUCUAGAGUUAUAGCUGCCAUAGAUCUGGCUAUUCAGUUAGGUUAUAAUCCUGUGAAGGUGAACUGUGUUGUAAUGAAAGGCUUUAAUGAUGACGAAUUAAUCGAUUUUGUAAAUUUAACAAAAGAUCGUCCAAUCGAUGUACGUUUCAUCGAAUAUAUGCCUUUUGAUGGGAAUGAAUGGAAUCAGAAUAAAAUGGUUUCCUUUAGUGUUAUGAAAACAAUUAUUAGAAAUGUAUAUCCUGAGCUACAACGUCUUCCAAACGAACCUAAUAAUACGUCCAAAGCGUAUCAUGUUCCUGGAUUUACAGGACAAAUUGGAUUCAUCACGUCCAUGAGUGAACAUUUUUGUAGUUCAUGUAAUAGAUUAAGGAUAACAGCAGAUGGAAAUUUAAAAGUGUGUUUAUUCGAGGGAAAGGGCGAGGUAUCCCUCAGAGAUGCUUUACGCGACGGAGCGUCAGAUGAUGUUUUGAAGGAAAUGAUCGGAGCUGCUGUACGACGUAAAAAGAAGCAGCAUGCAGGAAUGUUCAAUCUAUCCCAGAUGAAAAACAGGCCAAUGAUUCUAAUCGGGGUUGAAAAGAAACGCGUGCACUUCAGAAGUCAUAAAAAUUCACGAAACAGCGCGUUGUAUAAUUUAAAACCCGGGACAAUUUCGCUUAAGAAUUCUGCAAGUAUAAGACUAUUUUCUUCGUUGUCACACGUAGAUGAAAGCGGUAAAGCCAGUAUGGUAGACGUUGGUUCGAAAGCCGAAACUAAACGCGUCGCGAUAGCGAGAGGAAUUAUACAAGUCGAUUCGAAUAUAAGUAAAUUGAUAAACGAAAACAAUAUUAAAAAAGGAGACGUAUUGUCCAUAGCACAGUUGGCAGGAAUUAUGGGCGCUAAGCGCACCCCUGAAUUGAUACCACUAUGUCAUCAACUUUCGUUAUCCUACGUGAACGUGCAUUUGUAUUUAAAUGCGGAAUUACAUCGAGUAGAAAUUACUGCUGAAGCUAGAUGUACCGGAAAGACUGGCGUAGAAAUGGAAGCUUUAACGGCUGUGACUAUCGCGGCGCUAACAGUAUAUGACAUGUGCAAAUAUGCGGCUUCUCCGAAUUCUAUGAAAAUAACUAACAUAGAACUAGUUUCAAAAACCGGUGGUACUAAGGGUGAUUUUAUUAGGAAUUAAGCAUUCCAAAGUUCAUAAUACGAGGGAGUGUAUGUAUAGUACAUAAGUCCAAAAGAAACAUUUUUAAACUUGAAGUUUAAAGCUCGACAUAAUUAUGAACUUUAUAGAUAUUUACACAGAUGUAACACUAUUUAUAGAGUUCCGUAAAAUUCACGAUGUGCUUCCUAUGAUCCGUAGGAACUUCAAAGCGCUCGCCUGAUCUGAUAGUGUGCUAUAUUCGCUGCAUAGUACUGCUUAACUGUUGAGCGUUUUUACAUACUUGUAUUUUUUUAUUGUACGAAUAGUUGUUAUACCGUAAAAAUUUUAUCAUGUUAUGGUAUUGAAAAAAGUUUGUAUCGAUAUACAUGUACAUGUACCUGCGAAAAUAUGUUUCGUUUAUUGAAUUGCCAUUUAGGUUUAUUAAAAUAUGUAUUGUUUCUUU